GUGAUAGGUAAUAACUGGGUGAGAAGAAUGUUUUUGUCUCUUCCUACGUUGACUGUCCUUAUUCCACUGGUCUCAUUAGCAGGACUGUUCUACUCAGCCUCUGUGGAAGAAAACUUCCCGCAGGGCUGCACUAGCACAACUAGCCUAUGUUUUUACAGUCUGCUCUUACCGAUUACCAUACCAGUUUAUGUGUUCUUCCACCUUUGGACUUGGAUGGGUAUUAAACUCUUCAGGCAUAAUUAAUGCAACCAAGCCAAAAUGGUAUAUACAUUAAUGAUAUGUCUUGAGUAUCUAACUCUGAAAGCUCAACUAAACUGCAAGGAAAUACUGGAAACCCACUUAAUUUGCAGGAAAGAUGCUUUACCUUGCUUCUGUCAGAGGCUUAGAAACUAUGGAAGCCUUAAGCUGCAGAAGCAUCUUUUAUUGUACUUUGGUUCUGCAUUGUUUGUCAAAGGUUCUAAUUUAUAACUGCUGUACUGGAAGAAACAUUUUAACAGAGUAUGUUUUUUGGAAAUUAACAGCACCAACUAUCAUCUGAUGACUUUAUUUUUUAUCCCACUCAUCUAAAAGUUAAUUUGAAACCUUGUUUUAGAAUCAAAGUCUUUGGUAAAGUCACACGUUACAGAUGACUGAAAUAAUUCCAAAGGAGCUAUGUUGGAGUAGUUGUAGAGAAAUGCAUUUGAACUAAUAUGAUAUAAAACUGUAUAAUAAAAUGAAAUUUCAUGGACUUGCAGAAA